CACUCAGUUUGUAAUUGUCCUAUCAGCUGUUUUACGUAUCAAUUUGCACGUGUAGUUGUAUUAAAAACAUAAUUUUUGUAAAAGAUGAAACCUAGGCCGCAAAAAAACCAAGGCAAAUUUAAUAAAACGCCGAGCCAUGCAAAAGCAGGCCAUAAGCAAAAACCUGACUUUAAGCAAAAAUACAAGCAAAAAAAGCCAGCGUCGGAGAGCAAACCCAACAAGCCAGAGAUACGAAAAAUGAUACGCCAAAAGAAAGCUGCCGAGGCAGAGGCGGAGCGCCAAAAGAUUCAGCUAGAGAAGGAGGCACGUAUCAAGGCAUACAAAAAGCAGCGUCUGGAGAAAACCAAAGCCAUCAGCAAACGUACACAACGUGGGCAGCCCCUGAUGAAGGAUCGUAUGCAGCUUUUGCUUAAGCAAAUAGAAGAGAUGAAACGGCGCUGACGAUGUGGGAUACUGAGGUAACUCAAUAAGGAGAACAAAAUAUCAUCAUAUCGCGAAAACGCGACAUUCACAUCUUGAAAUUUCCGCGCACGCUUCAAAUUAAAUUUAAUGCAACCUGUAAUAAAUUUUCACGCCCCUUCACUUCCGGCCGUGCGCAACCCUUUGAUUACGCACUUUCUAUAGAGCACCUCACCUCUCGGGACUCGAGCUCUUUAUAAGUAUGUCAUAUGCAAAUUUUUUGCUCUGCAAAUUGGUUUUUGCCAAACAUUUGUUGCUGUUUUGCGCCUUAUCGCCGGCAUUUGCAUCCUGUAGCUGCCAACCCCAAUGAUAAACGCGGGGGCGUCACAUCAACUAAUUCCCGCGCGUAUUCAAGCAAGGUCUGCAAACAAACCAAUUUGUUGCCACCUAGGCAUCUAUUGAAUUUCUGACUUUUCAUUGAAUUUGUGCCUGAAAUAUUUUAACAUAAUAAUAAAUGCAAAGUCUUAUAGAUA